AUGGCUGGAUGGGACUCAUGUGCAGCGGAUCUCUUGAGAGGGAGGCUGGAUGCAAAUCAGCAGCCCGGGGCAUCAGAAGCCGAGGCACCUGCUGAGGCCGGUGAAGUGGUUGAUGAAGCAGAUGCUCCGUGGAACUCGAGAAAGUCUCGUCGCAUUGGAAACAGGACAAACAGGUUUGGCAGCAAAGUCUUUAGGGCUGCUCUGCGUGAGGUGUCUCUGGAGAGCCCGGAGCAAGGCGAAAGGCGGGCAGUGCAGCAAGGCCGUGGCCAGCAACAUGCCAUUGUCAGAGCUCUGCAGCGUGGUGCUGCACAGGGAUGCUCUGCUGCUUCCGAUACCGCAAGCAGCACCAUUCAAGCCAUUAUGUCAGUAGGGACACAUCUUCGGCAAAAAGUCGCACUGCUUGCAGCUAAGCAUUUUGGCUGGCGCACGGAGAAGUCAGCUGCUGCACUGAGUGGAGUUGGGGAUGAGGCCUCAACACGAGGGAAGCUUGAUUUGCUUGAUGAAGAUAGCUGCAAACCCAUGUCUGCAGAGGUCGUCGAGACAGUCACAGAGAGGCUGCUGUUCAGUUAUGGAACUAGGCCUCAAACAGCAUUGGUUGCUGAAGCCGAGAAGCUGUCGAUCUCGAAAGAUUCUCUCCGGAACAAACUUCUGGAAGUGGCUUCGGCGGUCCAGCUCGCGUCCACUCAAGCAUGGAACAUGUGGUUGCACCGUAUGCAGCAGCUUGAACAGGAGAAAAUUGUGAAAUGCUUGCUUUCUUUGACAAGUCGCACUUACGACGAGACGCCGCUGAAAGUUAAUGUAUCUCAGGCUCAGGGCUCGGCUUCCUCAGGAGUGGGAUCCAUUGCCAAAAUCCUUCAAACACGAUUGAAGGUUGGCUGGCUUUACGAGGUGACAGACCCGGAUCACCAAGAAUUUGGGAAGAUGAUUUUUGUUCAUGGCUGGGUACCAACACAGCUGCAGAUUCUGGAAAGAACAACUGCCAAGGACAUCAGCAAAGCACAGCUGGACAUACUGGCAGAGGUUUCCGACGGUAGCAUUGUCAUGCCUUCUGGCUGUUUUCAGGUCAGUGUUGCUAGUGCAGACAGGUACUCGGCCAACGGAGCGGCAGAGAGAGCCAUCACAUCCAAACGGGUCGGGGAAACUCCGCUUCGUCUUCCGUGCCUUGUGCACAUGGCCAGUGGUUCUAGCACCUGGAUGCUCCAUGUUGUUGAAGAGCAUGUGUCCGCGAUGGUGGCUGCAGGACUUGUCAUCGGUCAGCUGAGUGGUUACAGGGCCCUGCGCAAGCUGCUUGGUGACGAGAUUUGCAGCAUGCUCGUACUCUGCGAUGGGGAUGCUCCCGGGGGCGAUGUGCAGUCAUACAGAGUGCAAGUGUAUGAUACAUAUUUGAGUCUCAAUCUUUCUGGCGAAGAUACGAUUUCCGCAUGGCGUCAGAAGCGUGCUGUGCAACGUGCCAUACUCGACCGCUUCAUAUGCGGCAACCUUCAGGACACCGAGAAUGUUUUCUUUUUUACGAAAGGUGUUCCGAUGGAUCGAGAAACAGCCAUGCACAUUGUCAGGCGGCACAUUGUGCCUGCCCUGCUUCCUGGCCCCAUCAGGGUCUUUCCUAGACACCGUUGGUUCGGCGGUGAGCUCUGUAUUGAUGGUUUGGGCUUGCUGGCUGCACACCAUGGCCUUCUGCAACGAGUUCUUCUCAAGCUGACAAAGGAUGUUGUGUCGGCACCACCCGUGUCAAGCUGGCAGACCUUGCUGCAAGCAUCUGGUUGGGAUGGUGCUGUCGAAAAUCUCGUCGCCGAGUACCCACAAGCUGACGAGGCUGAGAAUGCCGACGCAGAGGAGCCGGUUGUUGCAGUUGAGGCUGCUCCCCAAGUCUCGGCAGCAGACAUGGCUGCCGGUGCUUCCUUGGACUGGGCCACACUCAACCGUUCGUUCAAGAAGAAACUUCGGAGUUGGGCUGAAACGGCGGAUGUGCAUGUGCUGUCACUCAUGCGUUCUGCAAUGACGGUCAUUGUCACCCUUUUGCAGAGAUUCCUUGCGAGAGCCAAGAGCAAGUGGGACCUGCAGCAGCAGCGGAAAAUGGCGUCCACGGGAAGCCGCUCCUACCGCCUGACAGAGAUUUUCCUGGGACGAGAUAUCUUGGAAGCAUUGGUGUCUUUGCAAGUUCGCUUCCGUCAGGAGAUAGCAGCUUUGCCAGUGCAGAGUCGCAACAUGCAGAACCGUGUCUUGGCAUUCAAGCUUUUCGCCCGGGCUGCGGGAGCCAUACACUGGUUUCUGAGAAGGCAGCAUGACAAAUGCCCUUAUCUUGUCUUUGGCCUCUUGGAUCCUGUGUCGCGGUCUGACGUUGCUGGCAGAUUGGAGAAGCUGCCUCUCUGCAUGCGGGAUGCAUUCACCCAUGAAUUUCUUCAGCGUUAUCCGAAGAGUGCAAGAAUGACAUCGAAGAAAGCUUUGCAUCAGCUGCAUGGCAUCGCAUUGCUUGCCGAUGUGGACAUUUCCACGAUAGAGUGCAGGCAUGCAGCUGUCCGUCGAAUUCUGAUGGCUCGUUCGACGAGUAAGCAAGUGGGUGUUGAGGUGCUUUCAGCUGACUAUCUGUGUCGGCAGAUGGAUGCCAAAAUGACAGAAAUGGCUGAGACUUUGGGGAUCUUGCAGCAUCAGCGAGAGAUGCACGGGAUCCUUUCAAUCAGACAGAAAAGGAAGAAGAGAAAGCAGCUUGAACAAAAGAAAAAGAAGAAGCCAAAGAGAACAGGUGGUGGUGGCCGUCAAAGAGCCUUUUUCCGUGCCCGGCUUCGAGGACGAAAAUUCAGUGGGUAUGCGGAACAACGAACUGUCAUGAGGCAGCUGCACCAGGAACUUAGACACCUUUCGAGAGCAGAAAAUCAGGAGUUUGCACGCUUGGGCUGGUUCGGUACCCUGAGCCACCGAGCUGGCAAUCCAUCUUUUGGGUUGCAUGGGCCGGCCGAAGCAGUCGACCCUCCUGGCAUGGCACUCGCUGCUCUUCCUGCUGCUCAGGAUCUGGCUGUUUCUGCAGUCUGUGCAGUUGUUCAAGAAACCAAGAGUGCUCAAAAGGAGAUGGUGCUUCGUGAGGCUUCUUCGGAGCUGCAGCUUCAAGCAGCCUUGUCCAUGCACGUGGCAGAGGACGAGAGUCUCCAGAGGCUUGCUGCUAUCAUGCCGAAGUUCUGGCCGGAAGAGCGUUAUGCAUUUGCUGCUGAUGUCUUUCCGUCUGUGUCCUGGAACGGAGCUGCUGCAGAAGUUGCCCAGGCCUGA